GACCCGCGCCGCCGUCGACCAGUGCGGCAGUACACCACGUCUUCUCCGUCUAACGUCGUCGCGCGCGUCUACCUCAACUCAUAUCAGUUGUUCCAUUUGAUUCGCUGCCGAAACCCAAACACAACAACACACUAGACUUAAGCAGCGUCUUCGUUUAACAUGUUCCGAUGACACAGUGUAAACGCUUACACGCAGUGUAAACUAAUAGAACCGUAACAAAUUAUUUAGUGCGCCCGGUGACAUGCGAUACGGCGAAAAAAACAUGUUGGUCCCGCAGGAUAUGCUGUCCGCCCAGACCAAGCUGUCGUAUCAGUUGGGCAAAUUCUGGGCAGAGAGGGUGAUGCCGCGCAAGAUGGCCACGGUCAAGACUAUCCGGGAAGUGUGCAAAGUGGUCCAGGACGUAUUGCGCGAAGUCGAAGCCCAGGAGCCCAGGUUCAUAUCCUCUCUGGUCGAGUGCAACGGUCGGUACGAAGGACUGGACGUGGUGUCGCCUACCGAGUUCGAGAUAGUGCUCUACCUGAACCAGAUGGGCGUGCUCAACUUCGUGGACGACGGGUCGCUACCGGGCUGCGCCGUGCUGAAGCUCAGCGACGGACGCAAGAGAAGCAUGAGCCUCUGGGUGGAGUUCAUCACCGCUUCGGGUUACUUGUCGGCCCGGAAGAUCCGAUCCAGGUUCCAGACGCUGGUGGCCCAAGCGUGCGACAAGUGCGUGUACCGGGACUCUGUAAAAAUGAUCGCCGACACCAGUGAGGUGAAACUACGAAUCCGGGAAAGGUAUGUGGUGCAGAUCACGCCUUCGUUUAAGUGUGCGGGGAUAUGGCCGCGGUCGUCCGCGCACUGGCCCUUGCCUCAGAUCCCUUGGCCUCAUCCCAAUUUGGUGGCCGAAGUAAAGACCGAAGGGUUCGAUCUGCUCUCAAAAGAGUGUGUGUCCCUACACGGAAAGCAAUCGGCCCUCGAAGGCGACGCCUGGGUCAUGUCAUUUGUCGAAGCCGAGAACAGGCUCAUGUACGGCGGGUGCCGCAAGAAGUGUCUGAGCACUUUGAAGACACUCAGAGACCGGCAUCUCGAUUUGCCUGGUAACCCGGUAACCAAUUACCACAUCAAAACGUUGCUGCUGUACGAGUGCGAAAAACAUCCCUUGGACGUGGAAUGGGACGAGUCGUGUCUGGGUGACAGGAUCAACGGAAUUUUGUUGCAGUUGAUCUCGUGUCUGCAAUGUCGUAGGUGCCCUCAUUACUUCCUACCGCACGUGGAUCUGUUCAAAGGCAAAACCCCGCAGAGUCUAGAAAACGCAGCUAAACAAACGUGGAGGCUAACCAGAGAGAUAUUGACGAACUCCAGAGCUUUCGACAAACUGUGACGUUGGUAAUAGUGUUGUUGUUUUCUUGUUAAAAUAAUAUUAUUAUAAAAUCCUGUAUUUAUAAAUUUCAUGUUCCUUGAAGAUGAUCGACUAUUGCUAUUAUUAUUUGUUAUUGUUACCAUCACUAAAAAUGUAUAUGUAUAAUGUAUCGCAAAUGUUUUCAAUUCAAUUUUGUAUUAUUGCGAACGCGCCAUUUUCGAUCGUUAAAAUAUUAUGUCGUUGAUUAUUAUUUCUAAUUUUUUUUUUUACAAAAUCCUUUGUUUAUCCCAUAUUUAUGGACGUCGUGUUUGUUCUUUUAUAAUUUGACGACACUAUUACUGUGUGAGUUUACUGACUCAUUUACUUUUAUUUAUAUUAUAAUUUUAAAAAGCCACACAAUACACCACACAAUGAAACAAUUUGUUUACUUUCGAUCUUGGGUUUACAAUGAUAUGUUUUAUUUAAAUCGAAUUUUCAUUAAAUAACAAUAUUAUUCAUUUCUAUGCAUUUAAUUAGUACUAAGAAACAAAGAUGCAAAGUUUAAAAAUGUAUUUGUUGUAAAAAAUGUCACGUUGUUUUUUUGGAAUUGCCUAUAUUAGGUUU